GUGUCUUGUUUUUGGUCGCAUUGGAUCAAGACUCGGAGCAGAUCUGGUGUUUAAAAGCAUCAGUGGUUUAUGGAUAACUCCCAUUCUUCUGUUGUUUGUCUUAGCUUAGAGUCAGUUUAGUUAUCACGGGUCGGUGUUCACAUUUUUAAGUUGCGUUUCACUUUUUUGUGCUCUUUGGAGAUGCGAUGGAUCCUGGACAGGAUUUACUUCUCGCUGCCCUAAGUGAGAGUGGCAUUUGCCCAAAUGAUAUUGGCCUAUUUGAUGUUGAUUCUCAGGAUGUUGCACAGCCCUCUACAACCCAGCAAUCUAUCUCCAUCAGUGCCCUGGACGUUGGUGUGGGGACAGAGACAGUGGAAGUUGUUCGAACUGAGCCUCCAGCUCCAGUCCCUUUAGUCACUAUCAGGCACAAACCUCAGCCAUCAACCACCACGUUUGUCUUAAAUCAGCUGAAUCAGUUGCCGUCGCUAGGGGCUGUUGUGACCAAACAAUCAGUUACAAACCCUAUCAAACAUACCAUAACUGUCACGAAGGUGGUCCAUGUUGCUAAUUCAGCCCUGCGAGGUUCAGCCACAACCCCUUCAACAGCUGUUCCUCCUUCAGCGUCCACAGUAGUGCCUUCUAACAGAGAUCAGCAGAUUCAGUUGAAAGACCUGCUUAGGACCGGCCAUGUGAAGAGCGCUGGCCUAAAGGGCAACAGUCUGAUGGAGCUGAUGAAGCUAAAGCCUCCACCUGAUAUUGCUCCGCCAGUAGCAACAGCAACAGCCACAGGUCCAAGUGAAAUUAACAAUGGAAUAAAGAAGGAAGUAAUGGGUAAAGAUGCUUCCAGGAUGUGGAUUAGUGACGACAUUAAAUUGCAGAACUUUUCGCAUUCUCUGAAACCGCCGGGCAUGAAAGAAGAGGAUGAGCCUGAGGAGGAAGAGGAGGAUGAGUUGGGUCAUGCAGAGACUUAUGCAGAGUACAUGCCAAUGAAACUAAAGAUUGGCCUGCGGCAUCCGGAUCCUGUGGUGGAGACCAGUUCCCUGUCGAGCGUCAGCCCUCCCGAUGUGUGGUACAGGCUGUCCAUCCCAGAAGAGGGCAUCGAUCGGGGCUGCCUGUCUGCUCUGCAGCUUGAAGCCAUCACAUAUGCAGCUCAGCAACAUGAGACAUUCCUCCCUAAUGGUGAUCGAGCUGCCUAUUUGAUCGGUGACGGAGCUGGUGUGGGGAAAGGCCGGACCAUAGCAGGGGUCAUCUAUGAGAAUUACCUUCUAGGCCGGAAGAGAUCACUUUGGUUUAGUGUCUCAAAUGACCUGAAGUAUGAUGCUGAACGGGAUUUAAGGGAUAUUGGAGCCAAAAACAUUCAGGUUCAUUCACUGAACAAGUUCAAAUAUGGCAAAAUUUCCUCAAAACACAAUGGGAGUGUUAAGAAAGGUGUGAUCUUCGCCACCUACUCCUCCUUGAUAGGAGAGAGCCAAUCAGGAGGCAAGUACAAGACCAGAUUUGAACAGCUCCUCCACUGGUGUGGGGAGGACUAUGAUGGAGUCAUUGUCUAUGACGAGUGUCACAAAGCAAAAAAUGUGUGUCCAAUUGGAUCAUCCAAACCUACAAAAACUGGUCUUGCAGUGUUGGAACUGCAGAACAAACUCCCCAAGGCUCGGGUGGUGUACGCAAGUGCUACAGGUGCCUCGGAACCACGGAACAUGGCCUACAUGAACCGGCUGGGCAUCUGGGGGCACAAAACACCCUUCAAAGAAUUCGGCAACUUUAUCCAAGCUGUUGAGCGCAGAGGUGUUGGUGCCAUGGAGAUAGUAGCUAUGGACAUGAAACUGAGGGGGAUGUACAUUGCAAGGCAGUUGAGUUUUACAGGUGUGACUUUCAAGAUUGAUGAGGUGCCCCUGACUCAGAAGUACAUCAACAUGUACAAUAAAUCUGUGAGGCUGUGGGUGAGUGCACGUGAGAAGUUCCAGCAGGCUGCGAAUCUGAUGGAUGCAGAACAACGUAUGAAAAAGUCCAUGUGGGGCCAGUUCUGGUCUGCUCACCAGCGUUUCUUCAAAUAUCUCUGCAUUGCAUCCAAGGUCCGCAGAGUGGUCCAGCUGGCCAGAGAGGAGGUCCAGAAUGGAAAGUGUGUGGUAAUUGGUCUUCAGUCCACUGGUGAAGCGAGAACACUGGAGGCCUUGGAGGAAGGAGGAGGAGAACUCAAUGACUUUGUGUCAACUGCAAAGGGUGUGCUGCAGUCCCUGAUUGAGAAGCACUUUCCAGCUCCAGACAGACAGAAGCUUUACAGCCUGCUAGGCAUCGACCUCUCAGCUAAGAAGACCCCCUCUCCCAGUGAAACCGCAGCAGAACCUGAACAGAAGGGCAAGAAAAGGAAAGGUUCAGAGGUGAAAAAGCAGCAGCAGAAGAAGAAGCCUCGCAAGCACGGCGGUCUGUCAGGUACAAGCUCGGAGGAGAGCCAGUCAGAGGAUUCGGACAGAGAUUCUGGUAAAGACUGUGACAGCGACGACAGCUUCAAAUCUCUCAGCUCAGCAGAUGAAGACGAUGACUUCAACCCAUUCAGAGACGAGUCUGGUGACGACGAAGAAGAUGAUCCAUGGCUUAUCAGAAAGGAACCAAAGAAAGGGAAAGAAAAGAAGAAGAAAAAGAGAAGGAAGAGUAUUGAUCCAGACUCCAUUCAAAGUGCCUUGUUAGCUUCCGGGCUGGGCUCCACCAGGCCUGCUUUCACUGCCUCUGUUAACCCCCCCAGCACCCCUGCCACGGUCAAAGCAGAGAGUCAGGAUACCUGCCUAACAAGUCAGGACGCAGUGGAACUUGCCCAGAAAAUGAAGAAAGAUCUGCUGGAAAAACUCGAGGAGCUGGCAGAGGAUCUACCUCCCAACACUCUGGAUGAGCUCAUAGACGAACUGGGUGGACCCGAUAACGUAGCUGAGAUGACAGGCCGUAAAGGUCGCGUGGUCAGUAAUGACGAUGGCAGCAUCAGCUAUGAAUCUCGCUCUGAGCUGGAUGUCCCGGUGGAAAUACUCAAUCUCACAGAGAAGCAGAGGUUCAUGGAUGGAGAGAAGAACAUAGCCAUCAUCUCGGAAGCUGCCAGCUCAGGUAUAUCCCUGCAGGCCGACCGUCGAGUGAAGAACCAGCGGCGGAGAGUCCACAUGACACUAGAGCUGCCGUGGAGUGCAGACAGAGCUAUACAGCAGUUCGGGAGAACUCACAGAUCAAACCAGGUCACGGCUCCAGAAUAUGUCUUCCUCAUAUCGGAGCUUGCAGGAGAGCAGCGAUUUGCAUCCAUUGUUGCCAAAAGACUUGAAAGCCUGGGUGCUCUCACUCACGGAGACCGAAGAGCCACAGAAACCCGAGAUCUCAGCCGGUUUAAUUUUGACAACAAAUACGGCAGAAAUGCUCUGGAAAUUGUGAUGAAGUCAAUCGUAAAGCUCGAUGCUCCAUUAGUGUCUCCGCCCUCCGACUUUAAAGGAGACUUCUUCAAAGAAAUCCAAAGUGGAUUAAUAGGUGUGGGCCUCAUAAAUGUGGAGGACAGAUCUGGCACGCUGUCACUGGACAAAGACUACAACAACAUCGGGAAGUUCCUGAACCGUAUUUUGGGAAUGGAGGUCCAGCAGCAGAACGCCUUGUUCCAGUACUUCUCUGACACACUGGCAGCAGUCAUUCAGGAAGCCAAGAAGAAUGGCAGAUAUGACAUGGGCAUUCUCGAUCUGGGCUCUGGUGAUGAGAAGGUGAAGAAGGUAGACUGCAGGAAAUUCCUAACACCAGGCUACACCACAUCGGGACACGUGGAACUCUACACAGUGAGUGUGGAGAGGGGACUGUCGUGGGAAGAAGCCACGCAUGCUUGGGCAGACCAGAAUGGACCAGAUGAUGGUUUUUAUGUACAGAUGAGGAACAACAAGAAAACGGCCAUACUGGUUAAAGAGGUGAACACCAAAAAGAGGCUGUUCCUGGUGUACAGGCCAAACACGGGCAGACAGCUCAAACUGGAGACGUACACAGACAUCAAGAAGAAAUUUAAAAAGGUCUUGUCAGAAGAUGCUAAGCAGCACUGGACUGACCAGUACAAGUCAUCGUCGAAAAUCUGCUCUCAUGCAUAUUGGCGGGGUAACUGUAAGAAGGCGUCGGUGGGUCUACAGUGUGAUGUUGGUCUUCGGUGUAGGACGUACUACGUGCUGUGUGGCUCAGUGCUCAGUGUGUGGAACGAGCUGGAGGAAGUACUAACCCCCGUCAGUGGAACCAAUGUAAAGGUGCAGAUUGUCCGCCUCAGAACAGAAGAUGGACAGAGGAUAGUUGGACUCAUCAUUCCAGCGAACUGUGUCUCUCCAUUAAUUAACAAGCUGUCAACGUCGGACCAGUGCCAGCAGCUCGCUGUGCAGGAGCAGCAGAAGCGGCAGCAGCUCCACCCUCAAAGUCUGAGUCACGCACCCAACACAUAGUUUGGGGUGGACCACUCGGCUUCAUGGGCGUCAAUCCCAUCUCCACCCCUCGAGGUCACGUUCCCACCCUAAAGGGAUCUGGCUCCAUCAAUGUCUAUCUCUGCACUGCAGGCUCCAGGACUGCUGUCCCUCGUACUGCACCCUCACGCCCUCCACCUCCCUUCCCAUCGUCUCUUGAGGGCCAGAGGUGUCGCACCAAGCUGUGGUGAUUCUCAGAUGUAAAGCAGUGGUUGUACAGAGAAAAGAUUUCAGGGUUUCUUUCUUUCUUUCUUUCUUUCCUUCUUUCUUUUUAUUUUAAUCUCCAGAGACUCUGGUUUUCACCUAAAAGAGAUUUGACAGGUGAUGUAUUGUCCUCUGACAUUCAGAGUGAAAAGAUUUGUGAUAUAUUGACCCAGACAGAGUUUAAACCUAGAGGGCAUGUUGGCCUGUGGCUGUUGUUAUCCACCCCUCACACAUGCUUUAAAGUGUUAGAUCCAGAUUACCUGGUAUGAAGCAAAGACUUUUCUUUCUUGGUCCAGAUUAAAGGUGGACGAGACAAAGACCACUAUGUCUUUCAAAGUCUGGGAACUUAGAUUAUUCGUUUUUU